GUUCUGUGCUACAUUGCACCAAUGCCUGCGCAUUUGCUCUGAAUGUUUAUUCAUACAAUUGCAGCGGAGAAUCAAGACAUUAGAUCUAGUUAUUCCAAAGAAAAAAUGGUAUAUAUAGAUAACGACUCGAACGAUUCAUCUUGCUCUCUAUUCAACUGCUCUUACAACGAAACAUGUUGGCUUUAGUCAAAUAUCUUUUGGUUGCUUUAGUUGCUCUUUUUGCCUUGACUAAUGCCCAAUGUUCAUCUAACUUGGGUGUUUGUUAUAGAACACUUAAAGGAAGAGACUUUUCUGGCUGGUACCAAGAGUGCUCUGAUAAGAUUCAAAAGCAAGGCGUUAGACUUGGUGUUUGGAAAGCUAGUGUUGGUAAUUGGAACUCUGGAGGACAAGGUUGUCAAUGUACAUAUAGCUCUACAGUACCUGGUGUCUGGCAAACCGUUAGAAGAUCUCUCUGGGAUAGAGCCAUUGAUAAGAAGCAUGACUGUAGUGAUGCCCUCUACCAAAACGUUUGCCCCAUUGGUCAAGGCCAAGUUAGCUACACUUUUGCUUGUCGUUAAUAAACUAGAAUAAUAAAACCUAAAACGAUUAAUCUUGAA